CGUGUGGUAGCGUCUGGUUGUCUCCGAUUUAGCAUCGGAGCAGUGUCUAGUGGACAUAGUUUUAUCAAAAGCGAAGAAGAAAAGCUUUUGUGGUGUAAAGUUUUUAGUGAAACCAUUUGCAAAGAUGAAAGUCACCUUGGCGUUAGCGGCUUUCUGUUUGGUGGCGGCCAGCACUGAUGCUGCCAUCCAUCAGGCCAGAACAACAACAACCACAGCGACAAAGCCUGGACGCUUCCUCUCGCUGCCUGUGCCCGCCAAGUGCGCCAGCCGGCCCAAGGAGUUCUCCUACCGCGGCAAAAAUAUGUUCCUGACCACACACGUGCCCGCUCUGGCCAACAAGAAGGUCGACUGGUUGGAUGGCCGUAAUCUGUGCCGCGAAUACUGCAUGGAUCUGGUCGCAUUGGAGACCCAAGAGAAGAACAAUCUGAUCUUCCGUGUCAUCCAGCAGAAUGAUGUGCCCUAUAUCUGGACUGCCGGUCGCAUUUGCGAUUUCGCUGGUUGCGAGAAUCGUCCCGAUUUGGAGCCCAAGAACGUCUAUGGAUGGUUCUGGUCCGCAACCCGUGAGAAGAUUCAGGCCACCAACCGCAUUCCUCAGGGCUGGGGCUACAAUCCCUGGUCUCAGACCGGCCACAAGAAGCGCCCACAGCCCGAUAAUGCCGAAUACGACAUCAACCAGACCAAGGAGCAGUGUUUGUCGGUGUUGAACAACGUAUAUAAUGAUGGCAUCGCAUGGCACGACGUUGCCUGCUAUCAUGAGAAGCCCGUCAUCUGUGAGGAUAACGAGGAAUUGCUGCGCUAUGUGGCAGCCACAAAUCCGGGCAUUCGUCUAUAAGUCCUUGGCGGCGAUUGUUGUUUGUAAUUUUACUUAUUAUUAUAUUCCUUAAAUGAUUUUUGUGUAAUUUUGUGUUAUGUUUACGACGAAAAGCAAGACAAAUAGACUUUAGAAUUUAUAAUUUUUG